AUCCUUUCCAAGCCGCUUCAAUCUCCUCCUAUCGUACACGUCGCCUGCCAACAUGCCCCUCAUUACUGAAUCAUACGACUCCCUACCUUAUGUCGACACACACCUCGACGAGCCGAGUCUUGCUGCUGCGCAAGCCGUGAUCAAUGCCGAUAUCAAGAGCGCCGGCAUAGACACCUCAGCCCUCCACCCCGCCCUCAUACCCGCCGCACGAUACAACCCCAUCUUCUCAGACUUUGUCGAGCGCGAACACGCCCGCCUAGACGACAACCCAGCCUCUAAGCUCUCAGGUAUCGACCUGAAGCGCUACGAAGACCUCGAAGCCCCAGAGAACACAGACCCCACGAGCGAUGAGGACAAGCCAGAGUUGCUGGAGCGGUGGAACACGGCGCUGAAACAAGCCUACACGAGCUCAGAGUAUGUGCAAGGAAGGCUGACACAGCUGGGCUUACUCGAAAAGUUUGGCAAGAAUGCGUGGCUGGUAGGGAACUCGCAGCUGGAAGAUAUUCUGAAGGGCAUUGAGGCCGAGCUGGCCGAUGUGCGGAAACAGCAGGAGGAAGUGGAGAUGAUCAGACGGUCGAGACAGGAGAACGUUCACGGCGAGAUUACCACACUAGAAGAAACGUGGAAGAAGGGCGUGGGGAGAGUGCUGGAGACGGAGGUGGCGGCCGAGGGACUAAAGCAGCAGAUCUUAGAGAAGAGAAGGGCUGGCGCCGUGUGAGAUGUACUCUAGGGAAGCUUUCGAUAGAACCAUGAUACCCAAUUCAGACCCCACAACGGGCCCUGUUACACCAGUGCCCCCCUCUCAGCGACAGAUUAUAUGCAGCAUGGUUGGUAUAAUUCAUACGUGGCAAAGGAGAAGGAAACCCUACUUAGCCA